AUGGACAUCAUCACACCUCAACAGCGGAAGAAGAUCCUGCGUGUGCUCUUCAUCUCAUUACUUCUGGACCUGAUCUCAUUCACAUUCAUCCUCCCUCUCUUCCCCUCGCUGCUCGCCUUCUAUCGCGGCCUCGAGACACAUCCAGACUCGGCACUGAAUCGCAUCCUCCACUACCUGAACGCGUACAAGUCGUCCUUUGCCGUGCCCAUCAAUGAGAAAUACGAUAUAAUCCUGCUCGGAGGCGCCCUGGGCUCUCUGUUUUCGUUUUUGCAAGCCCUCGCAUCGCCCAUCAUUGGACGUGCGUCGGACAAAUAUGGUCGAAGAACGGCGCUGCUGUGGAGCAUGUGUGGCAACAUUGCGAGCGUGGCGCUCUGGUGCUUCGCCGUGGAUUUCCGCACCUUUCUACUGAGCCGAAUCGUGGGCGGGCUGAGCGAGGGCAAUGUUCAGCUGGCGACGGCCAUUGCUACGGAUAUCAGCACCGAGGAGCAAAGGGGGUCGACCAUGGCCCUUGUGGGCGCAUGCUUCAGUAUCGCCUUCACCUUUGGUCCCGCCAUGGGCGCUGCCCUGGCCAGUGUCACCACUGUAAUCGCCAACCCGUUUGCCACGGCCGCCGGCUUCUCGCUGCUGCUGAUCGUCGUCGAGACGCUAUACCUCUAUUUCCAUCUUCCAGAGACAAGGCCCGUGAAAAGGGCGACUUCCGACUCAAAGACCACCAAGUCCGGCUCAUCGAAAUUCAGUCAUACAAACAAUCCGGUCGUUUUGAAUGCGAUCCACCUCCUGUUUCUCCUACCAUUUUCGGGGAUGGAAUUCUCCUUGCCAUUCUUGAUCACGUCUGUUCUCUUUCCAGACCACCAGUCACCGUCGAAAGUCAAUGGGCGAUUGCUGGGGUUUGUUGGAUUGAUUGCCUCGUUGCUUCAGGGGUCCAUCGUCCGUCGCCUCCCGCCACUGACGGUAGUAAAAACAGGUGUUGUCUCCAGCACUUUGGCCUUUUUCCUGCUGUCUCGCAUAGAAAACACCACUGGCUUGUACUGCGCAGGCGCACUACUUGCGGUGACCUCGGCUACGGUUGUCACCGGGCUGAACAGUUUGGGGAGUUUUGAAGCGCGAGAAAGUAAUCGAGGAGAAGUUCUGGGAGCGCUGCGGAGCUGGGGACAGUUUGGGAGAGCACUGGGUCCUAUUGUGUUCUGCAGUCUGUUUUGGUGGGCUGGUCGUGAGACGGCCUAUGUGAUCGGAGGCAGUGCCAUGUUGGGCGUGACUAUCCUGGUGUUCACCAUGUUGAAGGCUCCAAAAGUUGAAAAGAAACGAGCAUGA